AUGGCGAACGACGGUGUGAGCGGAUCGUGCCGAGAUCUCGACCGGACCGGUCCUGUUGUGCUCCCAAGAUGGAGGUAUCUGAACCAGACUGUACUGGAAGAGACAUCAGUAACAGUGAACACUAUCAACAAAGAGAAAUUAGCUGUCCUAAAACAAGCCCUAACUGCUUUUGGAUUCAAUAACCUGGAGGUGGAGAACCUGUUUGUAAUUCUCUCAGCAAUUCUGCAUCUUGGAGAUAUUCGGUUUACUACUCUGAUAGACACUGAGACAGCAUUUGUGUCAGACCUGCAGCUACUAGAACAAGUGGCAGGAAUGUUGCAGGUAUCACCAGAUGAACUUGCUUCAGCCUUAACAACUGAUGUCCAGUAUUUCAAAGGGGACAUGAUCAUGAGGAGACACACUAUAGAGAUUGCAGAAUUUUACCGAGAUCUUUUGGCAAAGUCACUGUAUAGUCGUUUAUUUAGUUUUUUAGUGAACACAAUCAACUACUACCUCCAGAAUCAAUAUGAGACCAGCAGUGACCAGGUAUUUGAAAUUGGAAUAUUGGAUAUCUUUGGGUUUGAGGAAUUUCAAAAGAAUACAUAUGAACAGCUGUGUGUGAACAUGAUCAACGAGAAGAUACACCAGUAUAUCAAUGAAGUCCUUUUUCUACGAGAGCAAGCAGAAUGUGUACAGGAGGGAGUUACUAUGGAAACAACAUAUUCUCCUGGUAACCAUACAGAAGCCUUGGGUUUUUUCUUUCAGAAGCCAUCAGGUUUUUUGGCAAUGCUGGAUGAAGAAAGCCAAUCCAUUUGGUCAAUAGAGCAGAAUCUUUCUAAACGCCUUCAGUCAUACCUGGAAACCUCAGACACAAAUGCAGUAUAUUCUUCCACAAAAGAUGGAAAUGGCAAUGUUGCCCCAAAGGAUCAGAGUUCCACCUUCACUGUUAUGCAUUACGCAGGAAGGGUGACUUAUGAAAUUGUUGGAGCUAUUGAAAAAAAUAAAGAUUCACUUUCACAAAAUCUCCUAUUUGUAAUGAAAACUAGUGAAAAUAUAGUCAUCAAUCAGUUGUUCCAGUCUAAACUGACACAGACAGGAUCACUGAUCCCUCCAUAUCAUUCUCUUCAAAUUAGAGGAUCCAAAGCAGCCUUGCUCAAUAAGAAAGCAUCAGUAGCCUACACAAGAGGAGAGGCAAAGAAAUAUAUGGAGCUCAGUAAGUUGUUGAAAAAGAAAGGAACUUCCACAUUUCUUCAGAGACUGGAACGAGGGGGCCCAUUCACUAUGGCCACACAGCUCAGGAAAUCACUCUCAGAUAUUAUUGGGAGGCUUCAGAACUGCACACCUCAUUCUGUUCAUUGUAUCAAACCCAAUAACUCUAAGCUUCCAGACUCUUUUGAUAAUUUGUACGUGUCUGUGCAGCUGCAAUAUAUUGGUGUCCUAGAAAUGGUGAAAAUCAUACGGCAUGGUUAUCCAGUACGCCUCUCUUUCACUGACUUCUUGUCAAGAUAUAAGAACUUGUCUGACACAGCACUGGGAGAGAGAAAGAAGUUAUCUGCCAAGGAGAAAUGUCGUCUUGUUCUUCAGCAGUGUAAAUUACAAGGCUGGCAGAUAGGAGUCCAAAAAGUGUUUCUAAAGUACUGGCAAGCUGACUAUCUCAAUGAUUUGUGCCUUCAGCUGCAGAGGAAAAUUGUAACUUGUCAAAAAGUUGUAAGAGGAUUUCUAGCUCGCCAGCGUUUGCUACAGAAGAUGAGCAUCAAACAGCAAGAGGUCACAUCAAUCAAAGACUUUCUACAGAAUGCAGAGGAUAUGGGGCUGAAAGCAUAUGAUGCUUUGGUCAUUCAGAAUGCUUCUGACAUUGCUCGGGAAAAUGACCGACUCCGCAAUGAAAUGAAUGCUGCUUACCGACGGGAAAAGUUAGAGGUUAGAAACAGGCAAGAAGAAGCCCCCAAAAGAGCUGAAAAUAGGGGCGGGAAGGUCUCUGAGGACAGCUUUGCUGGCUGCCGAACGCCUAAGCAUUUUCAUUCCAGUUCUGUGCCUGUCCCCAUGGCAGUGGAUGGCUUGGUACAUUCUGUGGCUGGAUCAUCCAUCAGAUCCCCCUCCCUGUACUCUGUGUUCAGCAUGGAUGAUAGUAAUAGCCUGCCAUCACCACGGAAACAGCCUCCUCCCAAACCAAAAAGGGACCCUAACACACGACUGAGCGCUUCAUACGAGGCUGUUAGCGCUUGCCUGUCAGCAGCUUCUAAGGAAACAGCUAAUGAAGUACUGACCCGACCAAGGCCACACAGUGAUGACUAUAGCACCAUGAAAAAGAUUCCUCCCAGAAAGCCAAAAAGAAGUCCCAACACAAAGCUCAGUGGCUCCUAUGAAGAGAUAUCUGGCGAAAAGCCUGGGGAUGUGAAACAUUCAAAUGUAGUAUCUAAAACAGGUGGUCAUGACAUUAUGACAAUACAAAGAGCAGCUUCUGCUGAUGGGCCACAUCACAGCACGUUGAGUUUGUGUAUGUCACAGGAAGAGGAGGAAACUGAGCCGGUGUAUAUUGAAAUGGUAGGGAAUGCUAUGAUGAAUAGUUCUGCUGAACCAGAAAGCCCAGACCAAGGAGAGUCUGUUUAUGAAGAGAUGAAAUAUUUUUUACUGGAAGAAGUCAGCAAUGGUAAUGGAAUGGUUCCAUUAGUGACCGGAUCUCCUGCGCUGUUGUUUGAGAGCAAAAACUCUGUACCCAUUGAAGAACUUGAUGCAAAUAAUCAAGCAGCCUUGGGCUAUAAAGACUCUUGUGACAUUCCAGCCCCUUUCCCAAACUUGCUUCCUCAUAGGCCCCCACUUCUUGUGUUUCCUCCAACCCCUGUAACAUGCUCACCUGCUUCUGAUGAAUCACCCCUAACACCACUAGAAGUGAAAAAGCUUCCUGUCCUGGAAACCAAUCUAAAAUACCCAGUGCAGUCAGAGGGUUCAAGUCCUCUAUCCCCACAGUAUUCCAAAAACCAGAAAGGGGAGAAUGAAAGGCCUUCAUCCCCAGGUUUGGCUGUAUUUAAUGUUUCAAGCAAAGUAUCUCCUCCUUCAACUCCUCCUCCUCUCCCUCCCCCGCCUCCUCCUAUGCCCCCAUCUAUUUCCUAUCGACCUUCCUCACAUUUUACUUUUCCCCCAGAGACUUCUGCUACUUUUCUAGCUAAUACAGGGAAAACAGGAACAAACUCAGAUCCAUCCAAAGUACCUCAGAGACCAAAUCCUGUUCAAGUUGGAGGUUCGUCUUCCCCAUUCUCCAAGCUGCCUUACUCCCCAGUAAAGGUGGCAAGAGCUGAGCACAGGAAAUCAAACUCCAACUCAUCAUCUCCACUUCCAUACAGCCCUACAAACUCAAGACCCUUGACCAGUCCCCUUGAUGAGUUAACUAGCUUGUUCAACUCAGGACGGAGCGUGCUUCGCAAGUCCGCGGCAGGAAGAAAGAUUAGAGAGCCUGAAGGUCCUGAAACUAAUAUGAACUUGACAAGCAGGGAAGAUCCCACUGCAUCAGAAACUGGAUCAGAAACCCAAGAUAAAAAUGCAAACAACCAUGGAACUCAAUCAUCUAAUCCACUGUCCAGUUCCGUAACUGCUGAAAAUGGAAAUUCAGUCUCAAAUGGUUUACCAGAGGAAAAUGAAUAUUCAAGACUAUCAGUCAGCACUACAGCGAGCUCAUCAAAUCAAAGGCACAGGGAGAGCCACACUAGUCAGGUUAUCCACCAGCUCAGACUUUCAGAGAACGAGAGUGUUGCACUGCAGGAACUCCUGGACUGGAGGCGAAAGCUGUGUGAAGAGAGAGGAGACUGGCAAAAAAUCCUGCACAACACCGAGCAAAGAAUCACAGCUCCUCCCCCACCUCCCUGUAAAAAGCCAACUCUGCUGAAGAAGGCAGAAGAUACACCCUGCAACAGACUGUCUUCAGGGAUCUGGGAUACCACUAUGUGAUUUUAAUUUGUUUGUUUGUGGAGUAUUAGAAGUAAAACCAUCUAACGAUUUCAAUCUGCAGAGUCAGCAGGUUUCUGCCCCUGCAAUGCGUGCAGGAUUUUCUACAAGCAUCCAUUCAAGAGCACAGGAAGCAGGAGUUACAUAGAUCUGUUGUGUGUGUGUGUGUGUGUAUAUAUGUGUGUUUAUUUCCUUUUUUAUAUAUGGAGACAAAGUGCACUAUAAGUACAUAGUUUAAAAAUACAAGAUAGUUACCUACUGCUCUCCCAUGGACAAUGAACAAAUUCUGUGCUGAGUGAGUGAGAAUAGGGAGACGUAAUUGGCAAACAGUUUGGAGAGAUUGGGGAAGUUUGUGUGCACACUGUACAGCUGUUUUAUAUAGUACAAUAAUAUGAUGUUUCUUGUAUCUCAAUGAAUGGUUUUAUUAUAUUACCUAUCCAUAUAUAAUAGUUCUUUGUAGAUGUCCGUGUUUUAUUAGAAUUGCAAACAUGAUAAUGAAUUGCAAACAUGAUAAUUAUUUACAUGUUUAUUACUGGUAUUUUACAACUUUAUGCAAUUGGUGCUGUUCUUUCUUCAGAAUACAGGUAAUAAAUACAGUGCUGGAAUUUUUUUUUCAUGGUUUAUCCUUAAUAAUGUACCUAAAGUUUCCACACUGCGGUGGUGUUCUGGCACUGGCAAUGGCAACCUUAGCAUCAGAUCUUGAAACCCUUGCAAAACUGUCAUUUGCCAGUGAUGGUUAAUGCUGUUCACAUUCAAGAAUUAAAGAGCUCUGCUUCUUUAUUAUGCCCCAAUGUUUCUGAAUGAGUGGACUGUGAAUAUGUUUAAUUUCAUCUCAAAACUUAUUUCUUCCUGGGUUAUGUGAAAUGAUGUACUCAUUUAAACUGUAAGUCUGGUUAUAAUUCAUAACUGAGUAUGUAUAAAGUCAGGAGUCAGUGGAAAGAUACAUAAUAGUAACUAGAUAUGAAAGUGCAAUUUUGAUUUACUGAUCUAAGCCACAAGGCUUCAUGGAGAUGGGUGUAUCAAAGGAUUAUGCCCCUAUAGUGGUACAAAGCAUGGUUCAUUUAUACCUUAGACUUCAUGUAAUAAAAUGGUCUCAGAUAUUGGAGAUUCUGAUUGGAGGACAUGAGUUCUCUGAGCAAUGAUACCAAUAUGAGAACAUGCUGCUGGAAACUAGUUAGCUACUGUAUGGCAGGCUCUGAAAUAUUUAUUUGCCAUUAAAAUGGCUAUAAUUUAUAUAUCAACACACACGUAUACAAAAAUCUUAUUUUGUAAGGGGCUGCUUGCUUUAGGUCCUUGGCCUAUCUAAAGCUAAAGUGAGGCACUCUUCCUGCUGGCCUGCCUCUCUCACCUCUAUGAGGGAGUUAGGGGGAAAGUGGUGUAUAUUUUAAACUAACGUUUUUAAAUGUAAGCUAAGUUAAAAAUUGGUCUAUGGCUGGAGGUGUUUUGACAAGUAGUUUUUAACUUGGCUAUGAAGGGAAAUGCUUUUCUCUCCACUUGACAGAAAUUUCAGAUUAGCUGAGAAACUAAAAUACAAUCCCACGUUUGCUUUUGUUUGGUAUGGGCUUUUUGGGGAGAAGCUCUUAAAAUUGUCCCCCUAAACCCCAGCCUGUUGUCCACAUGCCUAGGCAGAACUAAGUCUUCUGUAUUACCUGAGAUUCAAACAUUCAGGAUAAUCAAGGAAGGGUAAGGACUGCAAUGAUCUCUGAGGCCAGUUCUGUGUGGACUAUACUGUAAUACUUAGCUGGGCCUAUUUACCUCAGCUGAGGAUGUUGCUCAUGAGGGGAUGUGGCAAUGACAUGCAUCCACAGACAAUUAUGUCAAAACCAUUAUAAUGCAGAAAUCCAUAUUUUUUGGCUCCAUGCUCAAAUUACUAAGGCUUAUUGCCCAUCUGAUAUGUCCUUCAGAUACCUAUGCCUGAAACUCUAUCCAUACUAUCAACUUUUUAAGACAGGAAAAUAUGUUUAUUGAAUGUAAUUCAAAAUGGGGUUGCAUAGUUUAUGUCCGCAUAACACCAUUUACAAACCUAGCUAAAAGCUGUCUUAGAGCUGUGGUCAAUCUCUGCAAAAGAAGCAGAGACGGGAUCAAAGCAACACUCUUCACCUUUGAAGAAUUGUAUAACAAGCUAAUACAGUGCCUGGAAAAUGAAAAUAUGCUAGCCUAGCAUUAUAAGCUGUUUCACUGAUACAGUUACAUUUGAGAAAUUGAUACAAAACUGUUGUAAUCAUUCUGCUAUUAUACACAGGGUAAUGGAAGCAUAUUACUGCAUUUCUAUUGGAUGCAGAAGGUUCUUGAUUUCAUUUUCAGGAUCUGAAGUCAGAAAUGUAGCUUCUGGGAUUCCCCCUUAAAGCAUGUAAAACUGCAAAACAAACAACAAAUAAUAUGGAGAUAUUUUGAUUGAUAGUAAGCCCAGUAUCAACAAUGAACAGCUUUUAAUGUUGGAAGGCUAUCAGACGAUGAAUUUAAAAUACAAUAAAAACAUAUUUAGACCAUUUCUCUAAUUGCAUUAAUAUACUCCAGAGUGUGAAUUAUAAUGUAAUAAUUUAUACCUACUGUGUCCAGUAGUCUCUUGUCCUUUGGCCUCAAGCCUAACAAUGCAGUUGGUGUGGAAUUAUUAGACCAUAAUUCACACCCUACCGUGUCUUAUUGCUUAAAUAACCACAUCCCCAGAGGUGUCUUGAAACUAAUAUUAAAGUUUAUAUUAUGGAUCAAAAUAUGUUUACAGAGCUGGAAAAACAUAUUAUUGAUAUUUUGAAAUGUCGAGAAGUAGUUUUAGCAGAACUAUAUGGUGCUUGUAAAUUAAUCUCCCCUGUGGAAUAUGCACCAGGCAAUUAGCAUGUUUUUUGAGCAUAUGUAGUUCUCUCUCGUACUUUACAAGUACCUUAGACAAAAAACCAUUGUGAAUUCAACAUUCUAAAGGGAUAGAUUGAGCUCUGUGGACAUUCUUGUGCCACCAGUUUCCAGUAAACAAUCUGAAAUACACUUUAUACUGCAUUAAAGGAAGUUCAGGAAGCUCUGGUUAUCAUCAGAUCACCACAUCUCCAUAUUGUGCCUUACUGCUUAUUUGUUUUAUGUUUGAAACAAACUGAACUUCAUGCAAAUUGUCAGCUGGUACAGUACAUAAUGCUAAGAAUUAGACACAUGCUUUACAGCUUAUGAAGUUCCCAGCAUUGGUCUAAAGUCAACAAGAGUGAAUGAAAACAAACGAAUAAAUAAUGGAAAAACCCCUAUUGGCAUGAGAGAAUUUUUAAAGCUUAUGAACCAUUCCUCUUUGUUCAUGAAAUAGCAUGUAGCACUUCUUUAUUUUCUAUAGCUACAGUCCUAUAGGAUUAAAAGCAAUACCUUGUUUCCACUUUUUAAAAUUGGUUGUAGAUGUCCAGAAAAAUACAUGCACAAAUCUUUUACAAAAGAACGGUGUAUAGCAUGAAAUGAUAAGCCUUUUAAAACUUCGUAUUUUUUUACAAAACAAUAACAUUAUUGUUGAAUAAGUGAAUUAAAUUCUCCCUUCUUUGCCAGUGAUCCUUUUAAUGUCUUCAAAGAGGUUUCACUAAUGUUCAUUAAUAAGUUUAUUACAUUGCCGGUCUUUUGUGUGUAGGACAAAGAAUUUCAUUAACUAGCUGAGAAAACAUAAUAGAGUGUAGUGUAGUACUGAAGUGAUAGUAAUAGCCAGAUUCAUUGUAGUUUUUAAUUCUGCUCUAUUCAGGUCCCCAAUAAUCACUUUACUUUCCUCUCGGUAAAGCUUGCUAAUAUCUGAAAUGUUCUGAGAAGCCUAAAAUAAGUUUUCUCAUUUGCCUGUUAAAUCUUAAAUUCCAAUAAUGAAACUCUGUACCUACCAGUCAUAAGAACAUACGAACAGCCAUACUACGUCAGACCAAAGUCUGUCUAACCCAGUAUCCUGUCUUCCAACAGUGGCCAAUGCUAGGUACCCCAGAGAGAAUGAACAGAACAGAUAAUCAUCAAGUGAUCCAUCCCCUGUCGCUCAUUCCCAGCUACUGGCAAAAAGAGGCCAUGGACACCAUCCUUACCUAUCCUGACUAAUAGCCAUUGAUGGACCUAUCCUCUAUGAAUUUAU